GUGACUGAAAAUUCCACUGCACAACUUCACCAUCGCAGUCACGGCCAAUUCCAAGAAUAAGACUCAUAUAUAUUCCAACUGCGUCAGCAGAGAUAAGGUUUAUUUCUCCUGGGUAGCAUUCAAGUUAUUGCUCUAUUUUUUAAUAGCUUUUAUGUAUUUGCUUGAUCAUCAAAAUCGUUUGAGCAGCUGGUGAUUCCUUCACAAGAAAGUCUGCAUUAUUGGAUUGUUUCCACUUUUGGGUACUACCAAGUUUCCUCAAGUUUAACUAAAAACAUAACAUGGAAGAAAAGUGCGCAAUCAAGAAAGAUGUUACUGAAUUAAUAGGCAAUACCCCAAUGGUUUAUCUCAACCAUAUUGUGGAUGGUUGUGUAGCUCGUAUUGCUGCCAAGCUUGAGAUGAUGGAACCCUGCUCUAGUGUUAAAGGCAUGCAUUUGAUCCAAGGAAUUGGUGCUGGUAUUAUCCCUACUGUUCUGGAUGUCAAUGUGCUUGAUGAAGUUAUUCAAGUUUCAAGUGAGGAAGCUAUUGAAACUGCCAAACUGCUUGCCUUGAAAGAAGGCUUGCUGGUGGGGAUCUCAUCUGGUGCUGCAGCAGCUGCUGCUAUAAAGUUAGGAAGGAGGCCUGAAAAUGCUGGAAAACUCAUUGUUGUCGUCUUCCCCAGCUGUGGUGAGCGUUAUCUAUCUUCUCCCCUCUUUGAUUCCAUCAGGCAUGAAGCCGAAAACAUGACUUUUGACUAAGGUGUUACCGAAUAAACGACCUAAAUUCACAUAAUUUGAAAUUGUAGAACAUCUUGAUCUCACUGCACUCCCUGGAUACCUGAAGAAAUAAUGAUAUAGAUUG